AUGAUGCAGAAAGUUAAGGUGGGAAAGAAUUCUAUGAAGCAGAUCACUUGCCCGGUCUUACGAUACAUUCCACUGAAUAUGUACGUUGACAUACAUGGAUACAAGGCAAUUCCAGACUGGGAAAUCAUGCAUAUGAAUUUGCUGUAUUACUUACUAAUGGUGUUUGCAUUUGUAGCUGCAGAAUAUAAUUACACGGGCAAUACUUAUAUCCAAAAAAUAAGGGACGUCAACGCGUUUGAUCUGGAAGAGUGCAAAGAUGAAUGUAGGAAACGUUUCAAAACGGGGUGGUUCAUCUUUUGGUUCAAGACGGAAGUUCAGCAACUAUCGAAGUGCAUGGAUCAGUGCUACGACUACCACCGCGAGUAUGACGUUCUUUACUGA